AUGCGUAGUUUCUAUCAACAAAUUGUUACAUAUUUACAAGAGUAUAAGGCAGCGUUAACUGACGAGAAUGUGUGGUUGGCAGUAGCUGGUCGUUUGGAGACUUUAUUUAAUAUUGAUAGUAAAGAAAGAGAAGAAGAAAAUGAAUUGACGAUUGAAAGAAUUCUUGCUUUUAUUAGAAAUGUACUGCAAGUGCCACCUAAUGACAAUGAUAAAAGAGCUGAUAAUGAUGCCACUGUUCAUGAUGAGCUAUUAUUUGCAUUUCAUGCAUCUGGCAUAGUGGAUAUUAUAUUAUUUAUUGUCAGUAACAAGAAUGAACAACAGUAUCACAUGCAAAUUUUAGAGAUUAUAUCUUUAAUGUUACGUGAGCAAAAUGCAAGUUUGUUGGCUGCAUCUGGGUUGCAACAUAACACUGCUGAAAGAGAAAAUGACGAGGCUAUCCUCGUAGCUUUGCGACAAAAAGAGCUACGUGAAAAAAUAGACAAAGUAAAAAAGUACGCUGGGUCAAGACACUCACGAUUCGGCGGUACUUACGUCGUGCAAAAUAUGAAAGCUGUUGGAGAAAAUCAAAUGAUAUGCCAUAAACCGUAUCAAAAGAUCGAAGCAUUAGAAUUUGGUCACGAUAAGAAAAGAGUGAAGCGACGCAGAGAUAAAAUGAGCCUGCAAGACGCCAAGGAAGAGCGCACGUCUGCCCUCAGCGUACGACUCUUUCUAAAAGAAUUUUGUGUAGAAUUUCUAAGCGGGGCUUACAAUCCCGUGAUGAAAUUCACUCGAUCUUGCUUCAUCAGUGACCCUCAUGGCCAAGCAAUGGAAGCAGCUGUCUAUCUGUGGGCCUUACGUUUCUUCAUGGAGUUCAAUCGACAUUACAAGUUUCAAGUGAAAUAUGUAAGCGAAACUAUAUCUACAGAAGUGUUUUAUUUAGUACAAAGACAAAUGGAACAAUAUUACGACAUGAUAACAGUCGAUAAAAAAAAGAUACCACUUUGGUCUCGUAGGUUACAUUUGGCAUUAAAAGCGUAUCAGGAACUUCUUAACACUCUUAUAGCAAUGGAUAAGAAUAGAGAUGAUGGUGUUAGGGAAUCUAGCAAGAUAAUUAAAAGCAAUAUCUUUUAUGUUCCGGAAUAUCGGGAAACUAUACUCUCUCAGCUUUUGUGCUUCGAUGAAGUUAAAAUGUCACGGCAGUACUUAGUGGAUCUUAUCACAACUAUUCAUACAUUUCUGAAAAUGCUUGAAUACUACUGUCAGAAAGACCAGCGACAUCUCGUAAUUCAAAAAACAAAGUUAAAGAGAAAAAAAGCUAAAAAGGGAAAAAAAUCCACUCAGGAAAACAUAACUACAGCUCCUACUUUGGAAAAACGUUGGGAUAUUAUUGGUCCCGAAUUAUCUGCUGUUAUGCGCGAUGCCGUUAUACCUGUAGUGAUGCCGUUUGACGCAACCUUAGACACGCCUAUCGACGAUCAAAAAGCAGAUGCUAUGAAGAGAAUCCAGAAAUUAAUGCGACAAAGAAACUUGGAACAGGCAAUUGGUCUUCUACGUGCAGCAAGAGAAAUCUGGCCCGCGAAUAACUGUUUCGGAAAAGUGGACAUACUUCCUGAGGAAGAAUUUCUAGCUCUUCACGAAAUCUUCUUUGCAGAUUUGGGCGGUGAGUUAUUUUAUUUUUAAUUUUAUAUCUUUGAUGAACAUAAGCACUUCUUAAUGCUGUUCUUAAGAUCAUACAAAUAA